GUGAGCUCGGUUCGGUCCAGGUGAUGACGCACAAGCCGCCGUCAGAGGGACAGAAAGAGGGGUGUUCCGCUGGCAGCCUCGCUUCUCCUCCUCUGACUCAGCAGCGGAGCAGAUGGACAGAGGACGGCUGUCAUUUUGCUGAGGACCGACCCGCAGGAAGGAGCCGCGCGUAAAGCCGCCGCGCCAUGCCGCCUCUCUGACCGUCCCGCAUGGUUCUGGCGGGAAACCAUGAAGACGACGCGGAAAUGUCGCGCGCUGCUGUCGGUGUGUUUGAACCUGGCGGCUCUGCUGUUCUCCACCACCGCCUUCAUCACCACCUACUGGUGCGAGGGCACCCAGCGCGUCCCCAAGCCCAACUGCAGCAAGCAGCGGCGCCACAACUGCAUCGACUACGGCGUGAACGAGACGGACCAGAACAAGGUGCACUACAGCUGGGAGACCGGGGACGACCGCUUCCUGUUCCGCCGCUUCCACACCGGCAUCUGGUACUCCUGCGAGGAGAACAUCCACGGAGCAGGUGAGAAGUGCAGGAGCUUCAUUGAUCUGGCCCCGGCGUCGGAGAGAGGUGUGCUGUGGCUGUCGGUGGUUUCGGAGGUGCUGUACAUCCUGCUGCUGGUGGUCGGCUUCAGCCUCAUGUGUCUGGAGCUUUUCCACUCCAGCAACGUCAUCGACGGACUCAAACUCAAUGCCUUCGCCGCCGUCUUCACCGUACUGUCCGGCCUUCUGGGGAUGGUGGCCCACAUGAUGUACACGCAGGUGUUCCAGAUCACAGUCAGUCUGGGCCCCGAAGACUGGAGGCCCCACAGCUGGGACUACGGCUGGUCCUUCUGCAUGGCGUGGGGCUCCUUCACCUGCUGCAUGGCCGCCUCCGUCACCACCCUCAACUCCUACACCAAGACCGUCAUCGAGUUCCGACACAAACGCAAGCUGUUCGAGCAGGGCCUGCGCGAGGAGCAGAGCUACCUGGACCAGGAGGCCUUCCACUACUUCCGGGACCGCUCUCUGCAGUCCGUCUCCGGCUCCGUGGAGGUCUACCCCGGCCACCCCAGAGCCGGUCUCAUCGGGCCCGGCCCGGCUCCGGGUCAUGGGAAAAUGAGGGGAACGUCGGCCUCCAUAGACCUGGGGGAGAACACAGACUCUCUGGGGGAGGAGCAGUGCUGAGGCCUGGAGGCUCCGGACCGUUUUCCUCAGCGGACCCCGCUCAACAGCAGAACUGGACCAGAGAUAAAAUGGAAACGUACGGAUUAAACGUGACAGAUGCUGUUUGUUUUUGUCAAAAUAAAUGAUGUCAGUCUAACAUGUGA